AAGCAACUGCUCAUGCGCGAGAAACAUCAAAACAAGCACAAAGACAGAUUUCAAAUCCUUGCAACACCGGUGAACAUUACACAAAUUGUGUUACUAAGUAAGAAAUCAUUAUCUAUUAUUAAUGUGUCUCACUUAACCUUACUACGGUUUUAGUUGUGCUUGUAAUCAGUACGUUAGUUUGCUUGUAGGGGAUUCUGUUGGGUCUGUUUGCUAGCUAGCUAACCAUGCUAGCUAGCUAACACUAAGCCAGAAAGACUAAAGUAUUUCUGACUUGGUUAGCUAGCUAGCUCUCGUUCACCCAAGAGAGAGGGCCUAUCUCGGGCUAGCUAACAAUAACGUUAGCUAGACCGUUCGGUUUCGUCUUUAUUAUUUCCUUAGAAGUAUUAGCUAACUAUCAGUAAUGGUAAGUCAGACAGAAUUUGGUAGUAGGUUCAAGAAUUUAACUAAGAAUUAGUUAGCUAGCGCUUUUAAAACUAGCAAGUUGCAUAGACAAUGCUAGUCUCAACUGAUGUGGAACACAAGCCUUCGAACUUGUGUUUUUGCAUGCAUGUUGUUAUUUAGGAAUGAUCCUUGUCAGCAAAUAGACAGUAGUAAGUCAUGUUCGGCGUAGUAUAUAUAUAUAUACAUACAGUCAGGGAAAAAAGUAUUUGAUCCCCUGCUGAUUUUGUACGUUUGCCCACUGACAAAGACAUGAUCAGUCCAUAAUUUUAAUGGUAGGUUUAUUUGAACAGUGAGAGACAGAAUAACAACAAAAAAAUCCAGAAAAACGCAUGUCAAAAAUGUUAUAAAUUGAUUUGCAUUUUAAUGAGGGAAAUAAGUAUUUGACCCCUCUGCAAAACAUGACUUAGUACUUAGUUGUAAAACCCUACGUUUCUUGUAGCUGGCCACCAGGUUUGCACACAUCUCAGGAGGGAUUUUGUCCCACUCCUCUUUGCAGAUCUUCUCCAAGUCAUUAAGGUUUCGAGGCUGACGUUUGGCAACUCGAACCUUCAGCUCCCUCCACAGAUUUUCUGUGGGAUUAAGGUCUGGAGACUGGCUAGGCCACUCCAGGACCUUAAUGUGCUUCUUCUUGAGCCACUCCGUUGUUGCCGUGGCCGUGUGUUUUGGGUCAUUGUCAUGCUGGAAUACCCAUCCACGACCCAUUUUCAAUGCCCUGGCUGAGGGAAGGAGGUUCUCACCCAAGAUUUGACGGUACAUGGCGCCGUCCAUCGUCCCUUUGAUGCAGUGAAGUUGUCCUGUCCCCUUAGCAGAAAAACACCCCCAAAGCAUAAUGUUUCCACCUCCAUGUUUGACGGUGGGGAUGGUGUUCUUGGGGUCAUAGGCAGCAUUCCUCCUCCUCCAAACAUGGCGAGAUGAGUUGAUGCCAAAGAGCUCGAUUUUGGUCUCAUCUGACCACAACACAUUCAGACAGUUCUCCUCUGAAUCAUUCAGAUGUUCAUUGGCAAACUUCAGACGGGCCUGUAUAUGUGCUUUCUUGAGCAGGGUGACCUUGCGGGCACUGCAGGAUUUCAGUCCUUCACGGCGUAGUGUGUUACCAAUUGUUUUCUUGGUGACUAUGGUCCCAGCUGCCUUGAGAUCAUUGACAAGAUCCUCCCGUGUAGUUCUGGGCUGAUUCCUCACCAUUCUCAUGAUCAUUGCAACUCCACGAGGUGAGAUCUUGCAUGGAGCCCCAGGCCGAGGGAGAUUGACAGUUAUUUUGUGUUUCUUCCAUUUGCUAAUAAUCGCACCAACUGUUGUCACCUACUCACCAAGCUGCUUGGCAAUGGUCUUGUAGCCCAUUCCAGCCUUGUGUAGGUCUACAAUCUUGUCCCUGACAUCCUUGGAGAGCUCUUUGGUCUUGGCCAUGGUGGAGAGUUUGGAAUCUGAUUGAUUGAUUGCUUCUGUGGACAGGUGUCUUUUCUACAGGUAACAAGCUGAGAUUAGGAGCACUCCCUUUAAGAGUGUGCUCCUAAUCUCAGCUCGUUACCUGUAUAAAAGACACCUGGGAGCCAGAAAUCUUUCUGAUUGAGAGGGGGUCAAAUACUUAUUUCCCUCAUUAAAAUGCAAAUCAAUUUAUAACAUUUUUGACAUGCAUUUUUCUGGAUUUUGUUGUUGUUAUUCUGUCUCUCACUGUUCAAAUAAACCUACCAUUAAAAUUAUAGACUGAUCAUGUCUUUGUCAGUAGGCAAACAUACAAAAUCAGCAGGGGAUCAAAUACUUUUUUCCCUCACUGUAUAUAUAUAUACAGUGGGGAGAACAAGUAUUUGAUACACUGCCGAUUUUGCAGGUUUUCCUACUUACAAAGCAUGUGGAGGUCUGUAAUUUUUAUCAUAGGUACACUUCAACUCUGAGAGACGGAAUCUAAAACAAAAAUCCAGAAAAUCACAUUGUAUGAUUUUUAAGUAAUUAAUUUGCAUUUUAUUGCAUGACAUAAGUAUUUGAUCACCUACCAACCAGUAAGAAUUCCGUCUCUCACAGACCUGUUAGUUUUUCUUUAAGAAGCCCUCCUGUUCUCCAAUCAUUACCUGUAUUAACUGCACCUGUUUGAACUCGUUACCUGUAUAAAAGACACCUGUCCACACACUCAAUCAAACAGACUCCAACCUCUCCACAAUGGCCAAGACCAGAGAGCUGUGUAAGGACAUCAGGGAUAAAAUUGUAGACCUGCAUAAGGCUGGGAUGGGCUACAGGACAAUAGGCAAGCAGCCUGGUGAGAAGGCAACAACUGUUGGCGCAAUUAUUAGAAAAUGGAAGAAGUUCAAGAUGAUGGUCAAUCACCCUCGGUCUGGGGCUCCAUGCAAGAUCUCACCUCGUGGGGCAUCAAUGAUCAUGAGGAAGGUGAGGGAUCAGCCCAGAAUUACACGGCAGGACCUGGUUAAUGACCUGAAGAGAGCUGGGACCACAGUCUCAAAGAAAACCAUUAGUAACACACUACGCCGUCAUGGAUUAAAAUCCUGCAGUGCACGCAAGGUCCCCCUGCUCAAGCCAGCGCAUGUCCAGGCUCGUCUGAAGUUUGCCAAUGACCAUCUGGAUGAUCCAGAGGAGGAAUGGGAGAAGGUCAUGUGGUCUGAUGAGACAAAAAUAUAGCUUUUUGGUCUAAACUCCACUCGCUGUGUUUGGAGGAAGAAGAAGGAUGAGUACAACCCCAAGAACACCAUCCCAACCGUGAAGCAUGGAGGUGGAAACAUCAUUCUUUGGGGAUGCUUUUCUGCAAAGGGGACAGGACGACUGCACCGUAUUGAGGGGAGGAUGGAUGGGGCCAUGUAUCGCGAGAUCUUGGCCAACAACCUCCUUCCCUCAGUAAGAGCAUUGAAGAUGGGUCAUGGCUGGGUCUUCCAGCAUGACAACGACCCGAAACACACAGCCAGGGCAACUAAGGAGUGGCUACGUAAGAAGCAUCUCAAGGUCCUGGAGUGGCCUAGCCAGUCUCCAGACCUGAACCCAAUAGAAAAUCUUUGGAGGGAGCUGAAAGUCCGUAUUGCCCAGCGACAGCCCCGAAACCUGAAGGAUCUGGAGAAGGUCUGUAUGGAUGAGUGGGCCAAAAUCCCUGCUGCAGUGUGUGCAAACCUGGUCAAGACCUACAGGAAACGUAUGAUCUCUGUAAUUGCAAACAAAGGUUUCUGUACCAAAUAUUAAGUUCUGCUUUUCUGAUGUAUCAAAUACUUAUGUCAUGCAAUAAAAUGCAAAUUAAUUACUUAAAAUUCAUACAAUGUGAUUUUCUGGAUUUUUGUUUUAGAUUCUGUCUCUCACCGUUGAAGUGUACCUAUGAUAAAAAUUACAGACCUCUACAUGCUUUGUAAGUUGGAAAACCUGCAAAAUCGGCAGUGUAUCAAAUACUUGUUCUCCCCACUGUAUAUAUAUGAGUAUAAUUUUUACAAAAGAGAAUCAUCAAAAAAUGCCAUCAGCUUUGCACACUUAAAUUGAUGACAUUGGCACACACUAACUUGAACUAACGUUACCACAUUCUGAUGUUGCUUUUGUAUCCAUUCUAGGCUUUCACUGACUUCUCUUCUUUUAUUGGACACUGGAUAGACCGCAUUACAUCCUUCCAAGCACAGAGGUGACUCUCUGUGUCACUGCUCAGUCAUGGACACAGGUUCUGUAGCAGGUAGGACCAGUUCGGUCUCCGAGGAGAUGGAGGGGAUAUGUGUGAUGCCAGAUAUGAGCAGCAUCAAGUCGGAACACCCGGGUGGGAGUGCGGACGACACAGGUGCACAGAACGUGGCCAUGGGGAUCAAGUUCAUCCUUCCCAACCGCUUCGAUAUGAACGUGUGCUCGAGGUUCGUCAAGUCGCUCAACGAGGAGGACAGCAAAAACAUCCAGGACCAGGUCAACUCCGACUUGGAGGUGGCAUCUGUUUUAUUUAAAGGUACCAACUGACUACCAAGUGUUGACGCACUCCUUAUUAGUAUUACAAUGUGCUUUCCUUAUUUGACCCCAGAGAAUCAGAGGAGGUAUUUUGCUCCUCAAUUGAGCUGAGCUGAUGGUUGAUGCUAUAUCUCUUUUGCCUCUUUCAGCCGAGUGUAAUAUUCAGACGUCGCCCUCACCAGGGAUACAAGUGCGUCAUGUUUACACCCCAUCCACCACCAAACACUUCUCCCCUAUCAAACAGUCGACAACACUCACCAACAAGCACCGCGGCAACGAGGUGUCCUCCACUCCUCUUUUGGUCCACUGUAAGUACCUGAGCUCAUCCUAAACUACAGAAGAAGAGGCUUGCUUUAUUGUCCAAUGUACACAGAUUUCCAAUAGAAACUUGUCCUCUGCUUUAUUCCAAACCCUCCGAAAUACACACAUACACAAUUACACUUACAGAGGUUGGAGCAGAGGGCAGCUAUAUGACGGCGUCCAUCCUACAUUUGUCACACAUCACUUAGCCUCUUAAACAUAGAAUAGAACACAAAACGUACCUGACUCUAACAUUGACUGAUGGCUGCUUGACCUCUGACCUGUGACUUAUGCCUUCUUUCCAGCCCUGUCCAUUCACCAGCUGGCAGCACAAGGAGAAAUGGUGUUCUUGGCCAGCAGGAUUGAACAAGGUGACGAUGUCCCUCAGUUGUAUUUAUGUCUGUUUGUUAAUGUUAUAUUGAUGCUGUUGGGCUCCUUACAACCAUGAACAGUCACAUAAUUAACAGUUGGUAAGAUACAAAUAAUAUGUAGUCAAGAAUGUCUAUAAAGGGCUUCACUGGUUGACUAGAAACGUGUUAUUGACCGCUUUGAUGUUGUUGUUUGUAUGGCUGUAGAGACAGUGAUUAAUCUGCAGGAUGAGGAAGGCUUCACCCCCCUGAUGUGGGCUGCAGCACACGGACAGAUAGCAGUCGUAGAGUUCCUGCUCCAGAACGUAAGAACAAUGACAUGUUGAGACAUACACUAUAUAUACAAAAGUAUGUGGACAUCCCUUCAAAUUAGUGGAUUCGGCUAUUUCAGCCACACCUGUUGCUGACAGGUGUAUAACAUCGAGCACACAGCCAUGCAAUCUCCAUUGACAAACAUUGGCAGUAGAAUGGCCUUACCGAAGAGCUCAGUGACUUUCAACGUGGCACCGUCAUAGGAUGCCACCUUUACAAGUCAGUUCGUAACUGAGAGACCAACUCCAUAUUAAUGGCCAUGAUUUUGGAAUGAGAUGUUCGGCGAGCAGGUGUCCACAUACUUUUGGUCAUAUAGUGUAACAACCCAGCAAAUGACUUUAUUUCAGAGAUAUGCAGUAACAUACCGUCAUACUGUUACCUAAAAUGCACAUAGUACAUUAGACAGGAAAACACCACAAAUAACAUUAACAUACUGUAUACAGUAUAUGUAUUGUUGAAGACGUUUAGACCAGAUGCUUUUAAUUUAAUUUUCUCACCAAUGGUCUCUUCCAUGUCCUCUUCCUUUAGGGAGCGGACCCCAACCUGUUGGCUAAAGGCAGAGAGAGUGCUCUGUCUCUGGCCUGCAGUAAGGGAUACACAGACAUCGUGAAGAUGCUCAUUGAUUGUGGGGUGGAUGUCAAUGAAUAUGACUGGGUAGGAAUGUCACAUCAGGAUUUUCAUCUGUAUGGCUUAAUUUAAUGUACAGUAUAUCGAACCAAUCAUAGAGCAACAUUUGUUCCUGUUGAAGAUUGUCACUCUUCUUGCGGUUUCAGAACGGAGGGGUUCCCGUGCUCUACGCCGUCCAUGGAAACCAUUUGCGUUGUGUGGAAAUUCUCCUAGGUAAGAACUGACUGACUGACUGACUGACGGACGGACGGAGCGAGCCUGUACAGGAGGAAAUGAAACCCUGACUGACUGACCUUCCAUUCAGCAGACUUACUGUACUAACCAACAACAUUGGUGGCAACUGUCACUUUCUAGAUGAAUGAUGAUUCUCUGACUUUUAUUAACUGAGUCAAUAUGUUGUGUUGUAAAAAGCUUGGUCUGCGCUGAUGAUUUUGAUGAGAUAUGUUGCUUAUAUUUAGGCUGUGUUUUGAUCCAGACUGGUCUGUAAUCUGACAUCUUCCAUCUUUUCCUGUCACAGAAAGUGGUGCCGACCCCACCAUUGAGUCUGACUCUGGCUUCAACGCUAUGGAUAUGGCUGUGGCAAUGGGCCAUAGGAAUGGUAUACAAAAAUGCAUCUCAUACAUAUCAUAUUUAGGCUAUAUACUUCUCAUCAUGAAGAACAUGUUUAAAUAUCAUGACUAAAGAGGUAUUGUAGUCUAGGCAUACAUACAUAAAGUAUUGUAGUGUAGGGAUAAAUACAUAAUGUGUUGUAGUCUAGGCAUACAUACAUAAAGCGGAAAUAUAGCAUUUCUUUAUUUGUCUUAUGCCCGAUCUACUUUCAUAAAGAUAUUACUCUAUUACCCACUAGCUAUCUUGGAAUAUGUUUAAAGAAAUACAAGGGUAUUUGGUGAAAGAGUUCCUUCUAGUCCGUGUGUAACAGUAAUCCCUGUCCUUCCCACCCACAUCCCAUCUUACGCAAUCAGAUUUCUGUGUUUUGAUACAACUAUGCAAAUGUGGCCAUCUUAGCAGGAUCUCCUCUGAUUCUAACAGUCGGUUCCACUGGUUCCACUAGGCCGGACUAGGAUCAGAGUUAAAACAGGAAGUAAACUUGUUAUGGUGCUGUGUAUGUCAAGGAUAGACAUGCACAAAAUAAGCCCAGUAGCUGUAAUGAUUUCAUGACUUGGAUGUUUGUCCUAUGGUAUGAACAGGGAUUUAAUGUUUAAAAUGCCGGCAUUUCGAAGCUUGGAUGUUUGUCCUAUGGUAAAAACAGGGAUUUAAUGUUUAAAAUACCGGCAUUUCGGAGCUUGGAUGUUUGUCCUAUGGUAUGAACAGGGAUUUAAUGUUUAAAAUGCCGGCAUUUCGGAGCUGUAAUUAAAUUAUAUUUUCUCAGCUUGAGGAUAGCUUUAACUAACUAGCAUUCCUAUUUACCUUUAAUGAACCCUACCAGAUACUUGCCUUUUAGAUGUUUGCUCAAUACUCAAACUUUCAGAUUUUUGCUUUAAAAAAAUAUAUAAAAACUUCCAAAACCUCAAUUUUGCAUGAUAUCUCUGUGCAGUUGUAGGCUAUGGCUGAAACAUGUCUCUCUUCUCUGACCAGUCCAACAGGUGAUGGAGGCCCACCUACUGAAGCUGCUGAUGGGGAUCAGAGAGUGACCCACUAACCUGGGGGACAAGAGGAGGAAGGACUGCCUGUGAAUGGAAAUACAGUGGACACCAUAAUGAAGAAAGAAAUAUGUCUGAGGACAAUCGUGUAGCAUGUUUGAGACUGUCUUAUCUGUUAGGGUGAAGCUCAGGUGUGAAUGGUUUUGAUGAAGCAUGUGUGAGUAUUUAUGGAGACACGCAACUCAAAUGUGUAUGUUUCAGGCCUCCGUUUUGGGUAGACGCCCUUUUCUUUAGGAGUUUAGUUUGUUACAAUGUAAAUACGUUUUGAGCCAAAUGCUAAUGUAGAAAGUAGUGCAUAAACCCAAACGUCUGCUCUAAUUGUGCAUCGAUAUCAAUGGGAGAUGUUUGUGAAAGUUUAAGAUAUAAGUUCACACUUUUCAUUUGAGAAUUCUGCUCAAGAAACGGGUAAACACUAUAACGUUGUGAUGAAAUUAAGUAGAUCUAAUUGAUUGUUUAGAAAAAAAGUUAUGUUUUUGUGUAUGUUUAUGACUGACUGACUUACAUUGGAGGAAGUAGGUUGUUUUCAAUCAAAAUGGUAAUAAAUAAACAAAUAGCUUCUUAACG